AUGGCUCACCGGACAUCUGCCCCUGACCUUGUUCGCGAGCGCCCCGACCGCUUCGAAAGGGGCCGCUUCGAGUACGAAAGAGACCGCGAUCGGUUCAGCGAGAUCCGAGAGCGCUUCGAAGACGACGACGACGACUAUGUGUACGAGCGAGAACGCCGUGUAACAUCCCGGCCUCCCCCCCGCGACCGCGACCGAUCCGUCGACCGCCGUUCCCGGGCCCCCUAUGACGACGACGAGACCAUCAUCCGGGAGCGCCGCCGGGUCAUUUAUGAUGACGAGCAACCACGCAGUAUCCUUCGACGUCGACCAUCUCCCGAGAGUGAGGUGGAGCGCAGAUCUUCUGUCGUGAUUGAGAAGGAGAGAAGGUACCGCAGCCCGUCACCCUCCAAUGCGCCCCGUCCUGGACGACUUUUGAGACGGCAAUCGAGCCUGGACACUUUUGAUCGCAGGCCCCGUGGAUAUUACGAGCGUGAGGAAUACGGACCCCCCGCCCGCCGCCUGGACCACAGUGUUCCGCCCUACGCCGAGAGCCACCGGCCGCUGCCCCGCCACCGAGCCCUGCCCCCUCCCAGAGUGUACGCCGAACGUGAAUACUUCGACGAGAUCCACGUCGAUGACCAUCACCAUGACCACCCCGGCCGAGUCCGCGAAAGGGAGGUGAUCCACACCCGCAUGAGGUCACGGAGUCGAGAGUCGCGCAUCCGUCGUGGAAGAUCCCGAUCGUCCAGCAGGAGCAGCUCCUCAAGCAGCAGCGGCGGCACCAGCCUCACUACCCGAAGCGAGUAUCCAAAGAAGGGCAAGACCCGCAUUCCAGCGCGCCUGGUCUCCAAGCGGGCGCUUAUUGAGCUUGGUUACCCAUUCGUCGAGGAGGGAAACACAAUCAUCGUCCAGAAGGCACUUGGCCAGAAGAACAUAGACGAUUUGCUGAAGCUGAGCGAUGAUUAUAAGAAGAGCGAGUUCGAGAUCAUGGCCGCGCGAUCCAGCGCUGGUGAUAUCAUUGAGGAACGUCGAACAGAGAUUGUCGAGUACCACACCACGGCACCUCCCCCUGCGGUGCACUACCACCAUCAACACCCGUCGGCCCCGGCCGGUAAUGGUCCUAUUAUCAUCAACGCCCAGCCCGCUCCCGCACCAGCCCCUCCCGUCGAGGUGGUCAAGACAACCAUGAUCCGCGAGCAGUCCCCAGCACGGUCCUACACGACCACCUCGUACGACACCACCUCGUACGGCACAACCACGUCAUAUGACACCUCUCUUACCUCCAGGGGGCCCACCCACAGUGAUUGUGGACGCUCGCCCGCGUGA